GGCGCAUGCGCAUGCGGUUGGUUAAUGACGCUGUGUCCCGUUGGUGAGAGCGGCGAUCACUCCGCGGUCCUGGUUUAAUUCCGUUCAUAGUGUUUUGUCGAUUUAUUCCAAAUGGAUCCCGUAAAAAUGUCCAUGCAGCCGCACAGUAGGAAACGCGUCUGCUAUUAUUAUGACAGUGAUAUCGGAAAUUAUUAUUAUGGCCAAGGGCAUCCUAUGAAGCCACAUCGUAUAAGGAUGACACACAAUCUACUUUUGAAUUAUGGUCUUUAUAGAAAGAUGGAAAUAUAUCGGCCUCACAAAGCUACAGCAGAUGAAAUGACAAAAUUCCAUAGUGACGAGUACAUUAGAUUUCUGAGAUCCAUACGACCAGAUAAUAUGUCUGAAUAUAACAAACAAAUGCAACGAUUUAAUGUAGGGGAAGAUUGCCCUGUUUUUGAUGGUUUGUAUGAGUUUUGCCAAUUAUCAGCUGGUGGAUCUGUAGCUGCCGCUGUCAAACUCAACAAACAAGCCUCAGAAAUUUGCAUCAAUUGGGGUGGUGGCUUGCAUCAUGCAAAAAAGAGCGAAGCAUCAGGUUUCUGCUACGUGAAUGACAUUGUACUCGGAAUCUUGGAACUACUAAAAUAUCAUCAAAGAGUUUUGUACAUUGACAUUGAUGUUCAUCAUGGUGAUGGUGUUGAAGAAGCUUUUUAUACAACGGAUAGAGUUAUGACAGUCUCAUUUCAUAAAUAUGGUGAAUACUUCCCUGGAACUGGAGAUCUUCGCGAUAUAGGAGCAGGGAAGGGAAAGUAUUAUGCAGUUAAUAUACCCUUGAGAGAUGGUAUGGAUGAUGAGAGCUAUGAGUCUAUAUUUGUCCCCAUUAUUUCAAAAGUAAUGGAAACUUUUCAACCUUCUGCUGUUGUUUUACAAUGUGGUGCCGACUCAUUGACGGGUGAUCGACUGGGAUGUUUUAAUUUGACUGUAAGAGGGCAUGGUAAAUGCGUGGAAUUUGUAAAAAAAUAUAAUUUGCCAUUCUUAAUGGUGGGAGGUGGUGGAUAUACAAUUAGGAAUGUGUCUAGAUGUUGGACAUAUGAGACAUCUGUAGCUCUAGGAUCUGAAAUUGCGAAUGAACUUCCAUAUAAUGAUUACUUUGAAUAUUUUGGUCCUGACUUUAAGCUGCAUAUAAGUCCUUCAAAUAUGGCCAAUCAAAACACUCCUGAAUAUCUCGAAAAAAUAAAAACAAGGCUGUUUGAGAAUUUAAGAAUGCUACCUCAUGCACCUGGUGUCCAAGUUCAAGCAAUUCCUGAGGAUGGUGCUGUCAUUGAGGAUUCAGAAGCUGAAGAAAAAGUAAAUCCGGAUGACAGAUUACCUCAACGCGACUUGGACAAAAGAAUGCAACAUGAAAAUGAAUACAGUGACAGUGAAGAUGAAGGUGAAGGUGCACGAAGAGAUAAUAGAUCUUAUAAGGGAUCUAGAGAUAGAAAACGACCGCGUUUGGAAAAAGGUCAGGAAGCCAUUGACACUGAUAUAAAGAAGGAAGAAGAUAUAAAAUCGGAGCCAAAAGAAAAUGAAAAAGAUGAAAAAACGAAUUCUACAAAUGAAGAAGCGAAGAAGGAUGGUGGGGCGAAUCCCUGAUAGAUGAUUGCCCCGGAGCAUCUAAAAAGAUGGAAAAAUUUUUAUUUAAAUUAAGUAUAUAUAAGUUUAAGUAACUUAAAUGAUGGCAGCACAUGAUGUCAUAGCUACUUUUACCUCGUUCUAUAUAAUUCAAAAUUCUUGUUUCUACUAUUCAAACUCUCGAAAAUGUUUAGAGACUUUUAGAGAUAUCAGAUACUAUCUUUUACCCUAUUCGUGGCAAUUUCAUUGAACACGUAUGAGCGUGUAGCGUUUAGAACGAGAACAUAAACUAAAAUUUUGAAACAUAUUUUUGAACAUUCUUCAAUGAAAAGAGAUGGAAAGUACCGCACAAAAAUAAUUAAAAAUAUCCACGCUCGCACGGAAUGGUUUCGAUCGAGUCGUCAGGAUUUUAUAAUUUGACUAUAAUUCUUUUUAUACAUAUUUAUUUACAGCAUAUCACUUAGUAUAGUGGAAGUAUAGUGUCAUUAAAUCAGUUAAUUUUCAUAUAAAAGAUUCUUUGUAGAUCACUCAUAGAUGUUUAUUUUAUUUUUAUAAACACAUUAAUUUCACAGAUUUUUUUAAAAUCAGAUCAUGAGAUAUUGACGAUCGAUACAAAACAUUAAGUUAUACCAAGAUUUUAUCGUCUAAAAGCUGCAAUUAAAUUAUAUAUAUAUAUAUGUACACAUACGAUCGCGUAAGAUACACUCUUCACGCGCUCGAUAUAAAUUGUACGUUUUUUUACUCAUUGCUUGCAAUUAAUUGAUCUGUUUGAUGAAGACCAAUGUGCAAUUUAUGCAUUAUAGAAGGACAAUUAGACUAAAUCUAAACACAGAUUGCUCUUUUGAAAUAGAUCAAAUGAAUUUGUUUGCUUCCUAUUCCUGUGUACAUAACAUACAGAAAUUAAUCUUAAGGCAAAUAUCCCUUACAUGCAAUAAUACUGGAAUGAUAAUAAUAUUCUGUUUGAAAAUGUAAAAUGUAUUAUAUCUUACAUUACUCAAGAGAUGUGAAUAUCUAUAUUAUUUUGGUCACUCUUCUGGUUUAUUUGAUGGGUUGCAGUGAAUAUCUUUAACUCUUGUAACAUAUACUUUAGAAAACUAAAGAAUAAGAAACAUUUGCAAUUUUACAGAAUUAGAUAUUUACAUCUGCUUUCAUUGCAUUGGAUUUGUAUAAUUUCAUAACUAUUAUAAGUUUCAAUUUUUUAUACUAUCAUAUAUAAAUGUCAAUUCUCAAACCGUUGAAUAAACUAGAGGGGUAUCUAAAAAAAAGAAAAAAAAAUAUUCCGUUGAUAUUUUUGAGUAAUUGCAUGAGAGUGAAAAACAAUCUGAUGGAAAGUAAUGAGUAAUAAACAGUUGAGGAAAUAUAUAUAUAUGUAUGUAUAUAUACAUAUAUAUAUCUAUUUCGAGCAUAGCUGUAGAAUUUUAAAUAUAUAUUGAGCAAGAUAUUAUAAUUUAAGAAAUAUAAAAAUUAUUUAUGGCGUUUGGAUCGACUUUUGCAACAAAAACUAGAUACCGCCAUGUCGCAAAAGUCGAACCUACAUUCACGAUCUUUAUGCAAUAAGAAAUAUUUUGUCACAAACUCUUUCCUCAGACUAUACAUUCCCACAAUGAAUUUCACUCUUUUUGUGCAGAGAAAAAAAUUGUGCAUUUUAACAAUUUUAUGUAUAUAAAAUUUAAUCUUUUAUUGCGAUUAUUCUUUCACAUAUUUGAUUAGAUCAUACCAUCAUUGAUUUUACAUAUCCAUAACAAUUCAUAAUAAUUGAUCAAUUAUACACUUAUCACGCACACAGAAAUAAAUUCAAAAUGUACAUGAUGCAGUACAUGUCUUGUAUAAGUCUAUUUGAGAUAUAGAUCAAAUAAUAUAUGUGUAUAUAUAUUUAUGUUCACACAUAAAAAGUACACAUAUGAA